AUGACGACCGCAGUCACCAAGCGCGGCGUCGAGGUCAAGCAGUUCGGCCUCACACAGCUCUACCAGACAUCCAGCCCGGCCGUCGAUAUCGUCUUUGUCCACGGCCUCAACGGCUCGGCGUACCAUACCUGGGCCACCAAAAAGCCCCCCGAAGUCUUCUGGCCCUCCGACCUGCUGCCAGGCGCCCUGCGCGGCCUCGAGGUCAGGAUCCUCACCUACGGCUACGAUGCAAAUGUCGCUUCCUUCAGUGGAGGGACGUCGAAGGACAAGCUGCACAACCAUGCGGAGCAUCUCAUCACCAGCCUGUGUGCGCUGCGGAGUGGCACCGAAUCGACCGAACGGCCCAUCGUCUUCGUCUGCCACUCCCUGGGCGGCCUGGUGGUGAAGAAGGCUCUCUGCUGCUACACCAGAAUCAGCCACCAGCAUACCCAGCAUCUGCGGUCCAUCUUCGUAUCAACGUUCGGCAUCAUCUUCCUGGGGACGCCGCACAACGGAUCCAGCAUUGCCAAAGUCGCCAGCACGGCGCAGUCCUUCAUCAACACCGUCAUACCAAAACGGCUGCUCUCCACCUCUCCCCAGCUCGUCCAGGUCCUGCAGAGCGACAACGAGCACCUCCAGGUCAUCAACCGCGACUUCGUCCAGAUCAUGGACCGCUUCCACAUCUACUUCUUCCACGAGUCCAAGCCCAUGGACAUAGGCAGCACCCGAGCCUUCAUCGUCGAGGAGUCCUCCGCCGCACCCGUCUGGGACGGCGUCGAGCGUAUGGGCAUCGAGGCUGACCAUGGUGCCAUGUGCCGCUUUGCUGACAAGAACUCCCCGGGCUACGACACCGUCACAGAGGCCAUACGGCGGUACUCAUCUACUGCCGGCCCUACCAUCGUUGCUCGUUGGCAGCAAGCGAAGCAGGAGUACCUCCUCGCCAUGCAGGCCGGGCUCCAGGUUCAGCAACUCAACGCUGGCAGUGCCUUUGACCUUUCCGCAGAUACACAGGACCCUCUAGACCUCUCUCGCAUCUCUCUACCGGGGCCGCAUGACCCCAUAUUCACCAACCCUGAAGCUCUCCGCCAUGUCAACCGGCCCCUGUUGCUAGGCAAUAAUGAUGAUUCCCUGGUGACUGUAAGUCCGCCCGGCUUUCAUCCCAAUUCUGUGUUUUUUGGGAUGCAAGAAGAGAUGGAUCGGUUGCGGAGAGUACUAUCGGAUGAAAGGAAGCGGGUCCUGGGGCCUGCCACUGUUCUUAUCCAUGGAAGCCCAGGCUCUGGAAAGUCCCAUCUAGCCAGACAGUACAUGUACGACCAUGAUAAAUUAUACCCCGGCGGCAUUUUCUGGAUCGAUGGCAAGUCCAAGGAGUCUCGUCUCAACGGAAUAUGGGAAAUCGCCGUUGCUGCCUCCAUCCUCUUGGAAGACCGCGAAGACCGAGACCCAAGAUGGCUGAUGGCCCAUAAAUACACCGCAAAUGUCAAACGGUGGCUAGAAAGCAGAGACAACUGGCUGCUCAUCUUCGACGGCCUCGCCUUUGAGGACGAAGAUGACCUAAACGAAUUCAAAAACUUCCUCCCCUUCAAGCCGAAUACUAGCAUCAUCUACACGUCCGUCGACCGCACUCUUCGUCAGAAACAGCGCCUUUUUGAACCAUAUGGCCUUGCUGUCCAGCCUCUCGCCGUAGAGGCCGCAUGCCAGCUACUCUUCACUGAGCUGGGAAUCUCAAAACCAAACACGAGGCAGACCCAGAAGGCCAGGGAGCUGGUCAGGUACUACGAGUGUCUGCCACUCGCCAUUCAUGCCCUCGGUCAUCGUCUUAACGCCAGUGGGAAACCACUAGAAACCUACCAACCCGGCUCUCACUUGACUGACAGCCGCCUGGCCGAGCCAUACAGGGAGAUAAUGACAGAUCUCAAUUCCAACCAGUACACCGAAGCCUUGCAGCUAAUCUAUAUCCUAUCCUUCUUCGGACACAACGUGCCUGUUGGCAUGAUCCAUCUCGGCCGCAAGGCUUUAGCAGAGUACAAAGUUGAAAUCCGGACCCUGGAAAGAUAUGGUAGUACCGAGAGGCACAUCGAUAACACGUUUGCCAUCCUCAUCAAGUACGGCCUGAUUGAGCGCUCCUUUGAUGCUUACAGCGAAGUCUCCGCUACGCCUACUAGUGAAGUCGACAGAAGGGGUAUCGAACGCCGUUCUACAACACACUCGCAAAGCGCCUCCAGUCAGGAUGCGAUAAUGGGCCGACCACGAACAGAAAUCGAUGUGCUUAAGAUUCAUUCAGUCGUCCAGGGCUUCUGCCGCGAUGAACUUAUUGUCGAAGGUGCAAAGCAUUUCUGGUACUGGUUGGGCAUUGCUACAAGCCUAUUCUGUCUCUCUUACAAGAAUGCUACCACUCAGAUCAGAGCAAUCAAGAAUGCAGGCCUUGUCAGGGACUACCACAAAUCAGAGGUCAAUCUGGAACUUCACCACGAAUGCUUGAAAAAGAUGCUGCUUGACAUCGAAGAGGAGAUCAGACACCGGUCACCUGGCUCAUCCCAGGAAUGGUUCCGCCACCAGAGAUCAAUAUUCGAUCAUACAAACAGCAUGUCGUCGUUCUCUGACUCUAUAGCCAGCACAUCUACCAGGUCCACUUGGGAACGGGACGUGGGAGCUGAAUGCACUGACUCUCCACAGGAGAUAGUCUCUCCGCAGGGUAGCGUUCAACCCCACUCGGUUCUCCAUGGAAACACCAAUGUCGCACUGAAGUCCCAACGCCGAAAGUUCCCCCAGGAAGAGCGGCCCAGCACUCCUGGGAAGAAGCGAGGCAGUUUCCUGUCAGCUUUCAAGGAGCCCCUGAGACGGUUGAGAGAGCAGCGGAAGAACCUUGGGGAAUCUAGACCAGCUACUCCUACUGUCUCUGUUUCAGACGGCUCUCGACGGAACAGUUCCAUCCUGGUCCAGGGCAGCCCCAGCCAAAGGAAGCCUUCUGAUGCUGGAUCUGCGGGUAAACCGGUGGCCCCAUUGGCACAGCAACAUAGCUCAGCUUCAUCCUCAAAGAACAGUGGUACAAGCACUGGACCGGUGCCAACCAAGCCCGGAUCCAGCAACAAGAGCAACCACGGACCUUCCUAUGCUGCCGUUGUUGGGGGUGCGACGCAUGCCGGAACGAAGCCACCAUCGCGGCAGCAGCGUUCAAAUCUAACGCAGCGUCCAAUGCACACGGAUAGCCCUCCGUUACCAGAUGUAGAGGAGAUAAAACGCCUAUCAGCUUCCCUGAUGGGAGGUGCCGAGAUGAACCUUUCUCUGUCAACUCACAGUGACCCUGGCCUGCCAUACCCUCGUCGUAUCUCUGCAUCUGACCGAGGCUCACCAACGACCCCGAACUCUCCCUUCGGGAUUGAACAGGAUUCUCAGCGGCCUCCAAUAUCAAACCAGCAGCAUUUCAGCGACUCCAAUGUUGGUCCUCCCUAUAUGGGACCAAAUCCCUUGCCGAUACCAUAUGAGCCGAACAUCGAAAUCACUCAAAUGCCACCACGACGACCCUCAGCAUUUACACCACCGCCACUGCGAGCCGUCGGUUCCAGAAACAGUCUUCCCCAUGGCUACUCAUCUCAGCCGAUGUCUCGGGAACACUCUGGACUAUCACACCAAUCACUUCAAGCAGAUCCUGGCAGAUUCACACCUAGCCCGCCGUCUGCAUCGGCGCCUCGCGCAGCCUCCUUCUCCCAUUCUAACAGGACUGCAGUCGUUCCCAGAAUAGACACCCGAAUUAGAUACCCAGCUAGUGAAUGUGCAAUCGAUUCAGCCACCACAACGCCAACAUUAGACGAAAGCCAGUUUUUACCAUUAUCAAAUGUUACUACGGGGCCAGGCUUUAUGGUUGAUAGAGGCGACGGCAUUAGCGGUGUAGUUGAAUUCAAUCCUGUGCAAUAUACACCACCCCACAUCCGCUUCGGCGAAUUUGAACCCGUCAACGUCGAGGCAGCCAGGCAGCGAGCCGAAAGAGCGCUGAGAGGAGAGCAACUGAUACGCCAGGCGCAAGUACAGGCACAAGUAGAGGCACAGGCACAGGCACAGGCACAGGCACAGGCACAGGCACAGGCGCAAGCACAACCACGGGCUGCACCUUAUCCUGACCACAACUUCAUGCCAACGGCUAGCGAUCCGCAGCAGCUCGCUGACAUGAUGCGGCAGGGCUUCGCUACUCCGCCGCAACAACGAGCGGCGGAACAACUUCGUCAGGGAGGAGCAAGAACCCGGAUAAGAAGCGGCAGUACGCCCCAGGUGCCAGACUGGACCGGCCUAGGCAUUCACCAUCGCUCCCCAUGA